GGGGCCGCGCGGGCCCAGGGCGCCGAGUUCCCCGAGCUGUGCAGUUACACAUGGGAAGCUUUUGAUACCAACAAUCACGUGCUGUAUAAAAUCAGCGUCUGUGGGAACGUGGAUGUUGCCCAGUGUGGGGCGUCGAGUGCUGUUUGUAUGCACGACUUGAAGACAAACAGCUAUCGUUCUGUGGGCGACUCUCUUUUGAAAAGUGCAACCAGAACUGUUCUGGAGUUCAACACAACAGUGAACUGCGAUUUGAAGCAAAGAACAAAUCGAGUCCAGAGUAGCAUCACCUUCCUAUGUGGGAAGACCUUGGGAACUCCUGAAUUUAUAGCCACAGCAGACUGCGUGCACUACUUUGAGUGGAGGACCACUGCAGCCUGCAAGAAAGACACAUUUAAAGCUAACAAAGAGGUUCCGUGCUAUGCGUUUGACGGAGAGUUCAGAAAGCAUGAUUUAAACCCGCUGAUCAAGCUGAGCGGUGCUUACUUGGUGGAUGACUCUGACCCGGACACCACUCUGUUCAUCAAUGUUUGCAGAGACAUAGACUCGCUGCGGGGCUCAGAUCCUCAGCUACGUGCCUGUCCGGCCGGCACUGCCGCCUGCCUGGUGCGCGGGGACCAGGCGUUCGACGUUGGGCAGCCCAAGGGCGGACUGAAGUUCGUGGGCAAGGACAGGCUUGUCCUGACUUACGUGAAAGAAGAGGCAGGAAAGCCAGACUUCUGUGAUGGCCACAGCCCGGCCGUGACUGUGACGUUUGUCUGCCCCUCGGAGCGCAGGGAGGGCACCGUUCCCAAGCUCACAGCCAGCUCCAACUGCCGCUAUGAGGUCGAGUGGGUCACCGAGUACGCCUGCCACAGGGAUUAUUUGGAAAGCAGCACCUGCUCUCUGAGCAGUGAGCAGCAUGACAUUGCCAUCGACCUCAAGCCACUCAGCCUGGACGGAGCUCGUCACUAUACUUCAGACACGAAGGAGUAUACUUUUUAUUUGAAUAUCUGUGGAGAAAUUGAAGCAAAGGUCUGUCACGAGAAACAGGCUGCGGUUUGCCAAGUGAAAAAGACUGAUUCCACUCAAGUCAAAGUGGCAGGAAGAUUCCAGAAUCAAACCCUCCGAUACUCCGACGGAGACCUCACCUUGAUAUAUUUUGGAGGCGAAGAAUGCAGCUCGGGCUUUCAGCGAAUGACUGUCAUCAACUUCGAGUGCAGCGAGACUGCAGGCGAUGGUGGGAGAGGCGCCCCUGUGUUCACAGGGGAGGUGGACUGCACCUACUUCUUCACGUGGGACACGAAGUACGCCUGUGUGAAGGAGAAGGAGAGCCUCCUGUGCAGCGUCACCGACGGGAAGAGGCGCUACGACCUGUCCGCCCUGGCCCGGCACGCAGAACCGGAACAGAAUUGGGAAGCUGUGGAUGGCAGCCAGAAGGAAAAAGAAAAGAAGCAUUUCUUCAUUAAUAUCUGCCACAGAGUGCUGCAGGAAGGCCAGGCGAGAGGCUGUCCUGAAGACGCAGCCGCGUGCUCUGUCGAUAAGAGCGGAAGUAAAAAUCUGGGCAAAUUUAUUGCUUCUCCCACAAAAGAGAAAGGAAAUAUUCAGCUCUCUUAUUCAGAUGGUGAUACUUGUGGCGACGAGAAGAAAAUAACAACUAAUAUAACACUCGUAUGCAAGCCAGGUGAUCUGGAAAGUGCUCCCGUGCUGAGGACCUCCAGGGAUGAUGGUUGCUUUUACGAGUUCGAGUGGCACACGGCCGCGGCCUGUGUCCUGUCCAGGACCGAGGGUGACAACUGCACGGUCUUUGACUCCCAGGCAGGGUUUUCUUUUGAUUUGUCACCUCUCACAAAGAAGGAUGGCAGCUACAAGGUCGAGACAGAGAAGUACGACUUCUACAUAAACGUCUGUGCAGCGGUAUCUGGGAGCUUCUGCCAGCCGGGCUCGGGAGCCUGUCAGGUAGCGAAAAGGGAUAAGAAGUCUUGGAACUUGGGACUGAGUAAUGCUAAACUUUCCUAUUACGACGGGAUGAUCCAGCUCAACUACAAAGAUGGCACACCCUAUAAUAAUGAAAAGCACACACCCAGAGCGACGCUGAUCACCUUUCUUUGUGACCGAGAUGCUGGAGUGGGCGUCCCUGAGUACCAGGAGGAAGAUGACUCUGCCUACAACUUCCGGUGGUACACCAGUUACGCCUGCCCAGAGGAGCCCCUGGAGUGCAUGGUCACCGACCCCUCCACGAUGGAGCAGUAUGAUCUCUCCAGGCUAGCGGUCUCUGAAGGCAGCCGUGGGGAGAACUGGUACGCCAUGGACAGCGCGGGAGAGCACAACGCGUGGAGGAAAUACUACAUCAACGUGUGCCGGCCGCUGAGCCCCGUGCCGGGCUGUGACCGGUACGCGGCCGCCUGCCAGAUGAAGUACGUGAAGGAUCAGGGCUCGUUCUCCGAAGUGGUCUCCAUCAGCAACCUGGGGGUAGCCAGGACGGGCCCCACGGUGGAGGGCAGCGGCAGUCUCCUUUUAGAGUAUGUCAACGGCUCGGCCUGCACCACCAGCUACGGGCGGCGGACCACCUACACCACCCGGAUCCAUCUCGUCUGCUCCAGGGGCAGCCUGAAUACUCAUCCCAUAUUCUCCCUCAUUUGGGAGUGCGUGGUCACUUUCCUGUGGAAUACGGAGGCUGCCUGUCCGGUCCUAAUAACGACAGACACAGACGAGGCCUGCUCUAUAAGGGACCCGAACAGUGGGUUUGUGUUUGAUCUCAACCCACUAAACAGUUCCCAAGGCUACCAGGUCUUCAGCAUCGGGAAGACGUUCGUGUUUAACGUGUGCGGCACGAUGCCCAUCUGCGGGACUCUGAACGGAAAGCCAGCUUCCGGCUGCGAGGGUGAAACCGAGACAGGCGAUCUAAAGACUCUGAAGCCAGAAAGGCUGGUUGGACUCGAGAAAACCCUGCAGCUGUCCACCGAGGGCUUUAUAACCCUGACCUACGAAGGGCUCCACUCCACCACCAAAGGGGCCAGAGAUGCUUUUAUCAUUCGAUUUGUUUGCAACGAUGACCUUUACCCAGGAACUGCCAAGUUCCUGCAUCAAGACAUUGAUUCUGGCUUGGGGAUCCGAAACACUUUCUUUGAAAUUGAAACUGCGUUGGCCUGUGUACCUUCUCCAGUGGAUUGCCAAGUCACAGACCCCGCUGGGAACGAGUACGACCUGAGUGGCUUAAGCAAGGUCAGGAAGCCUUGGACUGCCGUGGACACCUCGGCCGAUGGGCAAAGGAGAACUUUCUAUCUGAGCGUGUGCAGUCCCCUCCCUUACUAUAUUCCCGGGUGCCAUGGUGAUGCAGUGGGGUCUUGCCUGGUGUCGGAAGAUAACAGCCAGAACCUGGGCGUGGUGCAGAUUAGUCCUCAAGCUGCAGCAAAUGGGUCCUUGAGCAUCGUCUAUGUCAACGGUGGCAAGUGUGGGAACCAGCGCUACUCCACCAGGAUCACCCUCGAGUGUGCUCACACAGCGGGGUCACCAAUGUUUCAGCUUCUAGAUGGCUGUGAGUACGUGUUUCUCUGGAGAACGGUGGAAGCCUGUCCCGUUGUCAGAGCAGAAGGAGACAACUGUGAGGUGAAGGACCCACGGCACGGCAACCUGUAUGACCUGAAGCCGCUCGGCCUGAAUGACACCGUCGUGCGCUCCGGCGAGUACACCUACUACUUCCGGGUCUGUGGAAAGCUGUCCUCGGAUGUCUGCUCAACCGAUGACAAGUCCAAGGUGAUCUCGUCCUGUCAGGAAAAGCAGGGGCCGCAGGGAUUCCAAAGAGUGGCAGGUCUCUUUACUCAGAAACUGACUUAUGAGAACGGGUUGUUGAAAAUGAACUACACCGGGGGGGACACCUGCCACAAGGUGUACCAGCGCUCCACAACCGUCUUUUUCUACUGCGACCGCAGCACCCAGAAGCCCGUGUUUCUCAAGGAGACGUCAGAUUGCUCCUACUUGUUCGAGUGGCGAACACAGUAUGCCUGCCCACCCUUCAACCUGACCGAGUGCUCGUUCAAAGAUGAGGCUGGCAACAACUACGACCUCUCGUCUCUGUCACGGUACAGCGACAACUGGGAAGCUGUCACGGGGACGGGGUCCACCGAGCACUACCUCAUCAACGUUUGCAAGUCUCUGUCUCCACAUCCUGGCUCGGAGCCGUGCUCCCCGGAAGCGGCCGUGUGUCUGCUGGGUGGCUCCAAGCCUGUGAACCUGGGCAGGGUGAGGGACAGUCCCCAGUGGGUGGAUGGCGUAGCCGUCCUGAAGUACGUUGACGGCGACUCGUGUCCAGACCAGAUUCGGAAAAAAUCGACCACCAUCCGACUCACCUGCAGCGAGAAUCAAGUCAACUCCAGGCCCAUGUUCAUCAGCGCGGUGGAGGACUGUGAGUACACCUUCACCUGGCCCACCUCGGCUGCCUGCCCCGUGAGGCGCAUGGAGCACGGCGACUGCCAAGUCACCAACCCCGCCACAGGGCACCUGUUUGAUCUGAACUCCCUAAGUGGCAAGUCUGGAACCACCGCCGCGUACAGCGAGAAGGGGCUCGUCUUCAUCAGCGUCUGCGGCGAGAAUGAAAACUGCGCUCCCGGCGUGGGGGCCUGCUUCGGGCAGACCAGGAUCAGCGUGGGCAAGGCGAGCACGCGGCUGACCUACGUGGACCAGGUCCUCCAGCUGGUGUACGAGGAAGGGUCCCCCUGUCCCUCCAAGUCCGGCCUGAAGUACAAGAGCGUGAUCAGCUUCGUGUGCAGGCCUGAGGCCGGGCCCACCAACAGGCCCAUGCUCAUCUCCCUGGACAAGCAGACGUGCACGCUCUUCUUUUCCUGGCACACGCCUCUGGCCUGCGAGCAGGUGAUGGAAUGUUCCGUGAGGAACGGCAGCUCCAUCAUUGACUUGUCUCCGCUCAUCCACCGCACGGGGGGUUACGAGGCAUACGAUGAGAGCGAGGAUGACGCCUCUGACACCAACCCUGACUUCUACAUCAACAUCUGCCAGCCGCUCAAUCCCAUGCACGGGGUGGCUUGUCCCGCCGGAGCUGCUGUGUGCAAGGUCCCCGUCAACGGUCCCCCCAUCGAUAUUGGCCGAGUCACGGGACCUCCAAUACUCAAUUCCGUAGCUAAUGAAGUUUACUUGAAUUUUGAGAGCAGUACCCCUUGUUUAGCGGACAAGCAUUUCAACUACACCUCACUGAUCACGUUCCACUGUAAGAGGGGAGUGAGCAUGGGAACCCCCGAGCUGCUGAGGACCAGCGACUGCGACUUCGUGUUCGAGUGGGAGACUCCACUCGUCUGUCCCGACGAGGUGAAGGAGGAUGGCUGCUCUUUGACGGACGAGCAGCUGCUCUACAGCUUUAACUUGUCCAGCCUUUCGAAGAACACCUUCAAGGUGACUCACGACUCGCGCACCUACAGCGUGGGGGUGUGCACGGCGGCGGCGGGCCUGGACGAAGGCGGCUGCAAGGACGGGGGUGUCUGCCUGCUCUCCCAGACCAAGGGGGCGUCCUUCGGACGGCUGGCGUCGAUGAGACUGGAUUACAGGCACCAGGACGAAGCUGUCAUUUUGAGUUAUGCCAAUGGAGACCUUUGUCCUCCAGAAACCGAGUACGGUGAGCCCUGUGUGUUCCCCUUCACGUUCCGCGGGAAGAGCUACGAGGAGUGCGUUGUGGAGAGCAGGGCGAGGCUGUGGUGCGCCACGACCGCGGACUACGACCGUGACCACGAGUGGGGCUUCUGCAGGCAUUCAAACAGCCACCGGACGUCCUCUAUCAUCUUCAAGUGCGACGAGGAGGCCGACAUCGGGGGGCCACGGGUCUUCAGUGAGACCCGGGGGUGCGAGGUGACGUUCGAGUGGAAAACAAAAGUCGUCUGCCCUCCGGAGAAGAUGGAGUGCAAGUUCGUCCAGAAUCACAGAACCUACGAUUUGCGGCUGCUGUCCUCUCUCACCGGGUCCUGGUUCUUCGCGCACCAAGGCGCCUCGUACUACAUAAACCUGUGUCAGAAAAUAUACAAGGGGCCCCUGGACUGCUCCGACAGAGCCAGCAUCUGCAAAAAGAGCGCGUCGGGGGACGUGCAGGUCCUGGGGCUUGUCCACACACAGAGACUGGACGUCAUAGACGACAAAGUCAUUGUAACUUACUCAAAAGGCGACCCGUGUGGUGAGAACAGGACCACGUCCACUGUCAUAGAACUGACCUGUGCAAAGACAGUUGGCAGGCCUUCAUUUAAGAGGUUCGACGUAGAUAGCUGCACUUACUACUUCAGCUGGGACUCGCGGGCCGCCUGCGCCGUAAAGCCGCAGGAGGUGCAGAUGGUGAAUGGGACGAUCACCAGCCCUAUAAACGGCAAGAGCAUCAGCCUCGGAGACAUUUAUUUUAAGCUAUUCAGUGCCUCUGGGGACAUAAGAACGAAUGGGGACAAAUACCUGUAUGAAAUCCAGCUUUCUUCCAUCACAAACUCCAAAUAUCCAGCGUGCACCGGAGCCAACAUCUGCCAGGUCAAACCGAAUGACCAGCACUUCAGUAGGAAAGUUGGAACUUCUGAUAAAACCAAAUACUACGUUCAAGAUGGUGACCUGGACGUGGUGUUUACCUCAUCCUCUAAAUGUGGGAAAGAUAAGACAAAGUCUGUGUCUUCUACCAUCUUCUUCCACUGCGACCCUUUGGUGAAGGAUGGGAUCCCUGAGUUCAGCCAUGAGACUGCCGAUUGCCAGUACCUCUUCUCCUGGUACACCUCUGCCGUGUGUCCCCUGGGGGACUUCGAUGGCGCGAGUGCCGAGGAGGACACGCCGGAGCACAAGGGGCUCUCGGAGAGGAGCCAGGCCGUUGGGGCGGUCCUCAGCCUGCUGCUGGUGGCGCUCACGGGCUGUCUGCUGACCCUGCUGCUCUACAAAAAGGAGAGACGGGAGACGGUGAUGAGUAAGCUGACCAACUGCUGUCGACGGAGUGCAGACGUGUCCUACAAAUACUCAAAGGUCAACAAGGAGGAAGAGGCGGACGAGAAUGAAACCGAGUGGCUGAUGGAGGAGAUCCAGCUGCCGGCCCCCCGGCCUGGGAAGGAAGGGCAGGAAAACGGCCACAUCACCACGAAGUCCGUGAAGGCCGACGCCCUCACUUCCCUGCACGGGGACGACCAGGACAGCGAGGACGAGGUCCUGACCAUCCCGGAGGUGCGCGUUCACUCGGCCAGAGGGACCGGGGCGGACAGCGCACAGCAGAUGAGACACCCCCAGAGGAAGGUGCUCCGGGAGCCGGGCGCCGACAGGGUGGGGCUGGUGAGGGGUGAGAAGGGGGCCAGGCCGACGCCCCGGCCUGUGCCACCCAAGCCCGUGAACUCUGGCGGCCUGGUGUCCUUCCACGAUGACAGCGACGAGGACCUCCUCAACAUCUGAGCUCCUGGUGCCUGCAGGGGACGUGGGUCUGUCGCUGGCUCAGCCAGGCCCUCCAACCAAAUAAGACUUCAACUCGAUGAUGCUUCUGUCAUUUUUGCCUUUAACAAAAACUGUUCCAAAAGGGAAGAAUUUUGUGGGGGAGAGAGUGAGGUGGUCAGGCGCCGCUCACCUGUGGCUGCUCGGUCACUGGGUUGAGGCAUCACGCCAGUUGCCAAAGGGUGAUGCCCGGGGCCCGGGUUUUUGUCCCAAGUCCUCGUGUGAGGGCACAGCUGCUCUGUGCUCCACAGUGCGUGCACGGGCCGGUGCAUCCGGGGACAGAGGGCUGUGUUUGAGAAAAACCCUUGCUGCUUUAGGCCCUGUAGGGUGUUUGACCAUUAUAUUUUAGCAUUUAAUUCUCUCCUCCUAUUUAUUGACUUUGACAAUUACUCAGGUUUGCGAAAAAAAAAAGAAAAAAAAAAACACAAAAAACAAACCACCCACCCAGCAGUUUCUUCUGCCGACAGGAGGCGACAUGCUGGUUCAUCCGCUGCCGGCCGGGAAGCUGCGUGUGCUGGGUUGGUUCAUAUAAGGUUUUGAGCUAGUCAGUCAUGUAUCCUGAGUUAGAGUACUUCCUCUGUCUCUUCCUCUUGGCUUUCUUUUUCUUGAGGGCGCGCCCGCACGCGCCGGGGUCCCUGAGUGCUGGGCCGGCGGCUCGCCAGCAAGCCUUCAGUCGGGGACGGCCGCAGCUUUCUGCGUGACCUGUUCAGCCCUAGGUGCACGGAGCACAUUUUUCAGUAUUUCCUUCGCCGGCUGGUGAAUUCAAACCACCCACCCAAAGACUGAUUUUGUGUAUGCGUGAAUGGAGAUGCCAGAGAAAACGACUUUUACCCACUUUGGGGGGUACAGGUCCCAUCUCUUCAGGUUCUCAUGAUACCACCUUUACCGUGCUUAUUUUUUUAAGAAAAAAAAAAAAAGUGUUUAUCAACCAUUCGACCUA